CAACACGGAUCUCGAGCCCCUCAAAAGGCAUUGCACUUCAGUUUGCAUUGUGGGGGACUUGUGUUGUUCCAGUUCUUUGAGAUUAAAAACACAACCCAUGUAACUUCCUUCUUGAGUGGAGCCGCCGAAGGUGUGAAAGCUUAACGCCCAGCCGCCUGUCGCCACCCCCGGCAUGACUAAUGCCGAUAAAGAACGGUUCAACGACAGGGGGAAAGCACCCUAUUGGUAGCAACUGCACGCUGGGCACCAAAUCAUAAGCACUGGUUUGUCACGCGUGGGCCAAGCUAUCGAUUAAUGGAAGUGAGAAAAGGCACCAGCCGAGCAUACUGUCCCGAUUGACUGUGAACUUGCGCAGCCGUUUUGUGUUUGGUUCUUGUUCUACCGCCGGGAUAUAGCGUGGCGGACCAAUGUCAAGCCGGGGCGGGAAACUAGAAAUGGACCUAGAAAUGUGCACUAGAAAUUAAAAGACACCCCACAGAUUGAUUGUGGCGGCGUGCAAUGUUCUAGCCGUACGGCGUGCACAUUUGCAAACUAAACCCUGCCCCGAAGCGUGAACUUGGGUGGAGUCCAUAUCCUGGAGUCUACGGGUAAUGGAAGAAAAAUAAAGCCACAUUGCCAUAAAAAUGGGUGCAUGCUGGUCUGGUCGGGCUGCCGUUUGUUGUUGUGGUUGCUUUUUUUUUAUACAAUGUCACAUUCUGGUUCUGUAGGUCGUCCACUUGUGGGAGGCGGCCUAGUUCUCUAAUCAAAGCAAACAAAACCACGGAAACUUCAUAAGGGUAUAAAAGGCUAUGGACAAGAAGUUAGAAUUGUUACUUUAACUCAUUUCCUCGUCCAGAUCGGGACAGAACGCCGGAGUAGCAGCAGCAAAACAACACCGAUGGAUCCCUACAGCAGAGUGCUCCGAAUUGCACUGGCAAUCGGUAUCGUGUCAUCGUUUGUGGGCCGCAUAGACGCAUCGUUUCCCGGUUUGUCGCUGGAAGGAUGGCCUUACUUCUAUCCACUCGGACCGUGGCACGAUCACACCCCAAUCCAACCGUACAACGAGCCCGUCCCGAUCAUUCCUGUUGUGGCAGCGCAGCUGGCGGAAUAUCCUGGCGCGAUGUCGAUCGCCGCAACACGUGGUGCUGUUCAUAUAGCACCACUUCCAGGACAUUCGAUUUCACAGUUCCAAUACAACCUGGACGGUCCACCGGGGACGUACUAGAACACACACACACGUACAUUAAAAACACGCAACACUGUUCACUUAAAACUUAGUCAAUAAACAGCUGUAUUUCUCGCAGAACUCUCCCACCGGAA